AUGUUCUCGACCUUGGCGCGAGGCUACGGCGCGUUGAGUGCAGGCGCGACGCAGCAAUCCCCGCAGGAGACGAUCGACAAGCUGUGUGACAGGUUGCUGAACGGGACCCACCUCGAGGAUAGGAGGGCCGCUUUGUUGGGUCUGAAGGGGUUGAGUAGGGACUGGAAGUCGGUACGUGCGCGAGAUGUUGGUUCUUGUACCUUGCGAUGCUGGGUCGAGUCCCCUAUUAGAAGUAGACGAGUGACCGCGCUCGGUGUGCCGUCGGCCCCGUCCGCGCUCGGCGUCCACCAACGUGUUCACUCACCCAUCACCCAGCCGCUUCGACCGCGCCCGCCCCGCGCCGAUCAUGCCCGCUCCCACACCGACCGACCACUGACGCACGAACAUGAUUCGCAAAUCCAACAGGAGGUCGGACAACGCGCAUUACCGAUCCUCCUCGGCGUCUUGGAGGAGGAUGCACCCGAGGACGUCGAGAUGGCCAAAGCCGUCGUCGAAACGCUCUCGCUCCUGUGCGAGGUCGAAGAGGUCGAUUCGAGGGUCAGUCAAUCGCACCGCACUCGAGUCGAUUCGGGCCCAGACAGCACGCGUGCUGAACCCAUUCACCAAAUCGCCGUCUACGCACCCACAGCCCGUCCGAGACGACUCGGGUCUUCGAAACACCGACGGAUUCUUGCAAACCGCCGCACCGCUGCACACCCUCCUCACCCUCCUCACACCGGCUCAUUUCUAUCUCCGCUUCUUCUCGCUCCAACUGCUCGGCGUCUUGAUCGCCAACAGGUCCUCCCAGGUCCAGGCCCACGUCCUCACCGCACCCGGGGGUGUCGGCAGGUUGGUCGAGACGCUCGACGAUACGAGGGAGAUCAUUCGAAAUGGUCAGUACAGCUCAUCGUGAAGUAAAUCACUCGGACUGACAUGAAACGUACCCAAACAGAAUCACUCUUGCUCAUUAUCGCACUCACCACUUCCAACGCCGACAUUCAAAAAUUGCUCGCCUUCGAGGGCGCGUUCGACAAGCUUUUUGCAAUCGUAAGCCAGGAGGGGGGCAUCGGCAGUGGUGGAAUCGUCGUUCAGGAUUGUUUGGCUGCGAUCGGUGGACUCCUGAGGUGGAACGUGUCCAAUCAGGUGCGUCGAUUAUUCUCGUCUCGCAGAUCGCUGAUGCGAAUUUACAAUGUGCUGACAAAACUUUGAAGCACAGAACUACUUUCGGGAAACGUCCUGCAUCCCCCUCUUGGCCCCUCUCCUCCUCUUCCCUCAACCGAAGGCUCAGACACCGGCCUCGCUAUCGGCUUUUGCGUUCCAAUCAUGGUCAGAGCAAAAAGUCGUCAACGCCGGGCUCGUGCUCUCGCUCGUGCGCAUGCUCGUCGGUGGUGCCGGUGCCGGAAGGGAAGCGAAUCAAAAAGCGUUGCUGACGUCGGGCAUGUCGAGAUGUUUGGCCGAGAUGGCGCUCGCGAGUAACGCACCUUCGAUGCUCAAGUCGCAGGCGAUGAACGCCCUCGCCGACAUCUUGCGACUCUCCCCACCGAACCAAGCUGCGCUCAACUCGCUCAUCGUCGUACCUUUGAUUCGACCGAUGGCUUCACCGCCGGCUGAACACUACAAUCCCGACUACGACGACGGCGAACCAGCUCAACAACGUGGUGGUGGAUCUCGAUCAGACGAUGAGGAUGAGGAUGAGGUGGACCGGAGAUCGAACAGGAGCAAAUGGCGUAAAGGCACCCCCGCGCCCGCUGUGAUCGCGGUGGUGCGACUCGCCGUGGUCGGAGACGGUACGCCUGGCCGAUCAGGCCUACGCGUUCGAGCCGCGGCGGCGAACUUGUUCCAAAGUUACGUUGCCAAUUCGACCGAAACCCAACUCGGCAUCUUGUCGACCAUGGUCGCACCCUCACCCGACACCGAUCCUUCUGGACCUCAGAUCCCAUCCGCCGGCUCGAUCCUCCUCCACGCGAUGCGAACAUUCCCUUCCGCCACGCGAGAUCACUUUGACUCCUACGUCCCCUUUUUCGCCUGUCUCCUCUUCUCCCACCUCAUCAUGGGCUCCGAAACGUCCAAAGAAUUCGCUCGCAAGAUCUAUUUUACCGGCGAUGAUGCCGAACCGGGGGGAUAUGGGGAUGAGGAAGAACGAGCGAGUUUGGUCUCCAUCUUGGUUGGGAACUUGAUGAUGGCGCAAAGGGAACAGGUCCAGAGUGCGAAUGCGGGCUUGGGCCCGGAUCGUGGUUUGGAAUGGAGUCGAAUCAUGGUCGGUUACUUGAUGGUGCUCUCGUUGUGGUUGUGGGAUAGUCCGACGACCGUUACCGAGUUUUUGAGCGAAGGUUCCAAUCUUCAAGUCGUGAGUACCAAAGUUGAUACAACAGCGGAGGAGGCCCACAAUUCGGCUCGAAGAAGACUAACCCCCUCUCGAUCGCUGACGGGGUCUCACAGUUGAUUCAACCCAUCACCCAAUCCUCGGGCGUCGAUUCGGUCGUCCAAGGGCUCUGUGCCUUCCUCCUCGGGAUAUGCUACGAAUACAACCGAGAACCGGGACCGAUAACUCGUGAAACCCUUCAUCCGAUCUUACAUUCCCGCGUUGGAGCCGAUCAAUUCGUUUCGAGGAUCUUGAGGUUGAGGGAGGACGAAAGGUUCCGAAGUGUUGGACCGGCGGUGUUGGAGUUGAUUGAUGAGGAGAUGGAGGAGGAGUUGGGGGAGGAACAAGGACUGUGGUUUGACUAUUCGUUCGUCGAAUUCUUGAAGACCAACUAUAGUACGUGUUCAUCGCUCGCUCGCUUCCCGCUCAAGGAAUCUGAACUGGCGUGUCAUUUGAAACAGUCUCGGUCCAACGAGCGAUCCUGAUGGACCCAACGGCGAACACGACCAGUCGUCGAUCAUUGGACGGGAACGGCGAUUCGUACGAGGUCGUCACCGCUCUAAGGUCCUCGAUCGCGGCGCAAACUGAACAGAUGGAGGACAUGAGGAAUCAGAUCUUGGGUUUGGCAGCGGAGAGGGAUGAAGAGGUGAGCUCUUCUUCUUCGUCCUUGGCUUUUGCGGCUCGCAUUUCUUUUUCGAACGGGAGGCAGAAGGCUGAUCUAAGAGUCGACUCACAGCGUAUCGCUUUCCAAAAUGAGAUUGAAAGUCUCACCGCACGCAUCUCGGGUUUACAAGGCGAGCUUGAACAGGCUUAUGCUGAGGUGAACGCGGCUCGAACUGGAGGCGGAGGAGGAGGAGGUAACAACAAUCGUGAUGAGCCUUAUGCACCCCGAUCACAGAGUGAUGGUCCUUAUACACCUCGAGGAGAGGAUGAUCCGUAUGCGCCUCGGGGGGAUGACCCCUACGCUCCAUCGCUGCCCGCUGCAGCUGCAGCAGCAUCGCCCGUAGCCCCUGUGGUCGAUCACGAGGCAUCGAAGAAGAUUGAAGUACUGGAAAAAGAGAUCGCUGCAUUGCGAACCGAACUCGAUACCGCGCAUGACGAACACCAACGUGCGCUUAGCGAACUAGAACAAGCUCGACAUUCGAGGACAGUCGAUGAUCUUUUCGGUGGUGGUCGGCCUACAUCUCAAGGAGCGAACGAGACUUCGUCCUUCCAAUCCGGUAUCGAUUUCUUCAACUCCUCUUCUACACAAACUAUCUCGUCGAACGACUCGCCGUUCGGUUCGCAUCCCCCCGCCCCUCCCUCAACGCACGACCCGAUGGAACUCGAACGCCUUCGCGCCGAACUCGAACGGACGCAAAAGUUACUCGAAUCGACGAAUAGUCAACUCGAAACGAGUCGACAACACUUGGCUUCCACGCGUACGGAAUUGGAUCAAUUGAGGGACGCGACACCUUUGGACGUCGAGGCGAUCAGAGCGGGAAGAUCGGACGACGCCUUGGCGGAGGAAGUGUCUACUUUGAGAAGGGAGUUGGAGCAAGCUCGAUCGGCGAAGGAAGAGGCGGAUAAGGAGCAGGAGGAUUUGCUCGUCUUGUUGGAGGAUGUGAGCUCGAAACGUAAGAUGGAUAAGCAGAGGAUGAGGAGCGCGUUCAUGCAGGUUUCAGAUGAUGAGGACGACGAUGAGGACGACCUUUCGUAG